AUGAACAGUCUGGUGGCCACGCCUCCUGUUCCUCCUCACUUCUACGAAAACGCUCGGCUCUCUCCCUCCCGAAUAAUGUCCACCCCCUCUUCUUACACCAGCCGAAAGCGGAAAGCCGAUGAUGAUGGCAACGACCAUGAUGGACGGAUGUCUGCCUCUCCCACCAACUCGCCUGCUUUUACUCCUCGCCAGCUCCCUGCCUUCCGAAAUUACAAACGCACCCGCCCGAACGUCUCAGGCAGACCUCUUUCCCUUCCUCGUUUGCUAGAGACCCUGGACACCGAUGCCUUACGGUCGGUGGUGCGGACCAUGUGUGAGCGCCACCCCCAGCUUGCCGACGAAGUUGCCCAAACCUCUCCCCGACCCAGCGUCUCUAGCACCCUCCAGGUGCUUCGAAACUACCAGGCUACUCUGCAGUCCUCGUUCCCGUUGGGUGGCAGUACAGAAUCCGACUACGCAUAUAACCGAGUUCGACAGCCACUCACCAACCUCCUCGAGGCUCUAAGCGACUUCACCCCUAACUUCCUUCCUCCCAACGAGCCUCAGCCUUCCGUCUCUUUGAGCUAUCUGGACGGAGCAACCGAUAUUAUUCACGCCUUGCCUCGUUGGAGCACACCACAGAACAAUAUCGAGCGGGACUCGGCAUACGAUGAAAUCUGCAAGGCCUGGGUCCUGGUGAUCCGAGAAGCAGCUAAGCGUGGAGGAGGUAUUCAACUUCAAUAUGGAGGUUGGGACCAGAAACUGGCCAAGCACAACCAAACCUCGGGAGGAAAACUGCAAGGAGCAAUUAAUGAACUCGGGUCCAACCUGGGAUGGAUGAACGGACCAGAUUCUCAGAUUCAUAAUAGCCCUGGCGGUAAUGAUCUUGGUUCCAUACGGGACCAGCUUCUUUCCGGCACUUAUGGCUUGGGAACUCCAGUCAAAGUUGGACCCUGGUGA